AUGAGUGAAGUAGACGGAGUAUGGAGUUGCAUACCAAGCAACAGCAACACUCUUGGCGACAAUGGUUGUCGUUUUGGAGGUCGGCGUUGCGGCUUUGGUCAUCGUGGUGGUGGAGGCUUCGGGCGUGGUAGAGGAUUCGGAGAUGGGGGUGGCGUUGGUGGAGGUGGUGGUUUUAGCGCUGGUGGCGGAGGUGGUGUUGGUGGUGGGUCAUGUCAUGGAGGAAGUUUUGGAGCUGGUGGUGGUGUAGGAGGUGGUUCCAGAGGAGACGUUGGUGGAGGCGGUGGUUUUGGUGGUGGUGGCGGAGGUGGUGUUGGCGGUGGGUCUGGUCAUGGAGGAGGAUUUGGAGUCGGUGGUGGUGUAGGAGGUGGAGCUGGAGGAGGUGCCGGUGGAGGUGGUGGUGCAGGUGGCGGUGGAGGAGGUGGUGCAGGUGGAGGAUCCGACCAUGGUGGAGGAUUUGGAGCAGGUGGUGGGAUAGGUGGUGGUGCUGGAGGUGGUAUUGGUGGAGGUGGUGGUUUUGGUGGUGGUGGUUUUGGUGGUGGUUCCGGUCAUGGUGGUGGCUUUGGAGCUGGUGGUGGAGUUGGUGGUGGUGUUGGUGGAGGUGGAGGCUUUGGUGGCGGCGGAGGUGCUGGUGCUGGUGCUGGUGGGGGAUCAGGCCACGGUGGUGGAUUUGGUGCAGGUGGAGGAGUGGGAGGUGGAGCUGGUGGUGGCAGUGGCAUUGGUGAAGGUGGUGGUGCGGGUGGAGGUUUAGGACGAGGUGGUGGGAAUGGAGGAGGGUUUGGGAUAGGAGUCGGCGUCGGUGUUGGAGUUGGAGUCGGCAGUGGUGGUGGAGCAGGUGGUGGAAGUGGAGGUGGCGGUGGUGGACGUUAA